AAUCCGAAGUUUGUGUUACUAUGACAACACAAUGCCGCUUUUUUUGUAGACAAGUCAACCCUAUUAACAGUCUGACAUCAACUUACAGGGUAUGGCGGACAUUUGUUCUGGUUUGACUAUUUUGUCGUUUGAGGCAGAACUGACUGUUGAUGAGAAGAAGCUAAUUUACCUUCGUGCGCGCUCCGCCGGACUCACGUUUUGCGGGUGCGCGCACGCAGUUUUUGUUUGCGAGUUGGUGCACUCAUUAAAAUGCAUCAUGAAAAGGAGGACUGCUGCCAAGGAGUUAUAUGUACCAAAAAGGCACCGUGAACUCUCUGUGGGGAUACUUGGUCUGGGUAACCUGGGGAAACAGCUGCUACUCUGCCUCCUUAAAAAGACCACCAUCAAACCCACACAGAUUAAGAUCUCCACGAGAAACCCAGCAGAGGGGUGUGUCCCGCCAGGAGUCGAGUGCUUCUUUGACAAUCGUUGUCUGGCAGCCUGGGCGGAUGUUUUGUUCCUCUGCUGUUUGCCUUCUCACCUUGACAGAAUCUGUGCUGAUCUCCAUUCUCAUCUGCAAAAGCACUGCCUUGUCUACAGUUUCAUGACAGCUGUGCCUGUCAAGCGUCUAGCUGAAUGUCUUGGCCACAGCUUUGUUCUGAAACCACAGUACCAGGUGGAAGCAUGCGACACCUCAGACCUGUGGCUGUCCUGCUCCCGUGUGUCCGAAGCUUUGUCAGAUCCAUCACUGAUAGAGGCUUCAUGUCCUUUAGCUAUGAAAGGUGGCAUCACUCUAGGCCUGAAUUGGGUAUGUGGAGUGUUGUACAGCCUGUUAAACAUCUGCACCAACGUCUGUCUGGGAUCUAGUGAGGCUCUUUCUCUAAUUAACAGCAUAUUUGCAGAGAAUUGUAUGAACAACGAGCCUUUAAAUGUAGAGAGUUUCAUCGCUUCCACAUCUUUUCUCCAUCCAAAUGAGUCUUUUCCCUGGAUUUCUCUCGUUGACGCCCAAACCAAGAAGACACCGCUGCUGCGCUUAGUAAAGAACAGCAAACCAGUUCAAGAAAACAUCUGUACAACAUACAAAUCAUACCUGAAAAACACAAUAAAAUGACAACAUUACAUCCCAAUAUGGAGAACAUGUCAAUAUCUAACAGAUAGUUUAGAAUAACAUUUUCUUAUUGCAAUCCGUAAAACUUGAUGUAGCUUUUUCUGGUAUUUAAUUUGUCCCAAUGAGUGUUGUUAUAAAAUUAAAUAGCAUAUAGCAAAUUAUGUGAUAUGUUUUAAAGAUAUAAAGGAGGAUUUUUUUUCUUAAACAAAGCAUCACUUGAUUUAAAUUUUUUAAAUAUAUUCAACAUUUCUUGUUUUAGUUGUAAUACUAGUAUACGUAAGAAUGUAAAAACUACGACUGGUUUUAUAUGCCAUGUUUGUAUUUUAUAAUGCUUUUUUAAAUAAUGAUUUCUUUUUUAUUAUGUCACAGCCAACAUUUCCUUUAUUUUUAAGCCAUUCACUGUCAAUAAUAGCGCUUGUCUUGUAGUGUCUUGCUGCAUUUGUACCCUAAUAUCUCUGCAGGAUGUUUAUGUGGCUUGAAACAUUGAAAUUCCAGUAAAUUUGUUCUCAUCAUCUAUUUAGAAUUAAAGUUGAGGAUGAGGUAAUUUCUAACAACUGUGACCAGCAGCAACAAAAAUUACUAACAAAGAUGUGCAUUUUUUGUAGAUGUUUAAAAUGUAAAAACAGUACAGAACACAGAUUUUUUCUUUUCUUUUCUUUUAUUCAAGGUGUAAAAUACAUAUUUCACUUGCAACAUACAGCUGUUAAAGAUGUAAAAUCAAUCAUUUGAUUAAAAGAACAAAGUAAUUUUC